AAAUAAACAUCUGUUAUUAUCAUUCACGCUGGUAAAUUGAAUAUUAUGUCAAAUGAUUAUUGAUAGUGGAGACAUUUUUACGAUUUUCAAUGUUUUUUUUUCAUUCGAAACAAAUAUUUAUCUCUCUGGCUCAAUUGACUCAACAAGACUCACCCAGUUACCACAGUCGGUUAAUGUUCACGGCAAACACUGUCGCUCAUUCAAUUUUUGUCGAUUUUCAAGUUUUGAUUAAUGCUUUGUGGAUCAAUUUUUUCUAUUUGCUAAACAUUUGAUCGAAGAUUUUUCAUAAAAUAAACGAAAUUGUUUCAUCAUUACGUCGUUUGGAUUUGUUGUGAUUGAAUUUUUUUUUUGUCUUAUUUACUUUUUGAUAUAUUUUCAAUCAAUCAAUCAUUUGGAUAAUAAUGCCAAAAAUUCGUACUGUACGAAAUCGUAAUCGUCAACCACCAGAAGGAUGGGAUCUAAUUGAACCGACUAUUGAAGAAUUGGAAGCAAAAAUGCGUGAAGCUGAAUCCGAAUCACAUGAAGGUAAACGACGUACGGAAUCAUUAUGGCCAAUAUUCAAGAUACAUCAUCAAAAAUCUCGUUAUAUUUAUGAACUUUAUUAUAAACGUCAAUCAAUAUCAAAAGAGCUAUAUGAAUAUUGCAUAAAGAAUCGUAUUGCCGAUGCAGCAUUGAUAGCUAAAUGGAAAAAACAAGGCUAUGAAAAUUUAUGCUGUCUUCGUUGUAUUCAAGUUCGUGAUACGAAUUUCGGCACCAAUUGUAUUUGUCGUGUACCACGAGAUAAAUUGGAAGAAGGUCGUAAAAUUGUCGAAUGUAUUCAUUGUGGUUGUCGUGGUUGUUCUGGUUGAUUGGAUGAUGAUAAUAUUCAACUCAAAAUGAUACAUAAAACUCCAUUAUAUUUGUAUUUUUUGUAAAUUAAAUUCCUAAAAUCAUAAUAAAUUACAUCUAAAUUUCUUA